AUGAGUGUAGCCUUGUACAAGUCCUUCUAUAACCUGACACGCCAUCAGGUUGUUGUCCACUCUGGAGCGAAUCCAUUUGUGUGCGAUCUUUGUGGAAAAGGUUUCAUAAAGAAAUCAGCCCUGACUAGACAUCAGCGUGUCCACACUGGAGAGAAACCAUUUGUUUGUGGCACUUGUGGAAAAGAGUCUCCAUAUUUAAAGUCCCUAACCAACCAUCAGCGCAUCCACACUGGAGAGAAACCUUUUGUUUGCGACCUUUGUGGAAAAUCCUUCUCUCUCAAAUCCACCCUGAUAAACCAUCAGCGUGUCCACACUGGAGAGAAACCUUAUUUUUGUGACAUUUGUGGAAAAGCCUUUACAUGUAAAUCAUCACAGUCAACUCAUCAGCGUGUCCACACUGGAGGGAAACCAUUCGCUUGUGACUUAUGUGAAAAAACUUUCACGAAGAAAACGCACCUGACAGACCAUCGGCGUAUCCACACUGGAGAGAAACCAUUUGCUUGUGAGACUUGUGGCCAAACUUUUUUAGAAAAAGGGUACGUUAUCCUUCAUUGGCGUACCCACACUGGAGAGAAACCAUUUGUCUGUAGCUUUUGUGGAAAAGCUUUUGUGCAGACAUCAGCUCUUUCCGCUCACCAACGAGGUAUCCACUCUGAAGAGAAACCAUUUGUUUGUGAUCUUUGUGGACAAGCCUUCUCCAUAAAAUCCUAUCUGACCAAACAUCAACAUAUUCACACUGCAGAAAAACCAUUUGUUUGUGACUAUUGUGGAAAAGCUUUCUCGAGGAAAGCACACCUGACGAAUCAUGAGCUACCCACACUGUUUGCUUGUGAUAUUUGUGGUAAAAACUUUUCGUCAACGUCAUCUGUUAACAAACAUCAGCGUAUCCACACUGGAGAGAAACAAUUUGUUUGUGAUAUCUGCGGAAGAACCUUCUCAUUUAAAUCUGCACUGAAAGAGCAUCAGCGUGUCCACACUGGAGAGAAACCAUUUGUUUGUGGUACUUGUGGGAAAGAGUUUCCAUAUUUAAAGUCCCUCCAUGUCCACCAGCGUGUCCACACUGGAUAGAAUGUUGUUUGUGGUCUUCAAAUGCAGAAAGCAAACAAGUAACAUUUGCAUGUACAAACUACAGAGCAACUUGUUGUAUACAUGUACAUGUAUGUGGGUUUUCAGGCAGUUCUUAAAUGAAUCCAGUUUUGUGUUAGAGCGCAGUGAUUGAAGGAGAUUGCCUCCAUGAAGGUUAUUGCCCUUAUUGGCCUGGUUUGACGUAUAGUGGGCUGGUCCCCCUUGUUUAACCUCCAGUGUCUUGUUCUGACAGGAACAGGAUCAACGCUUUUGAGAUGUGGUGCUGGAGGAGAAUGCUGAGAAUAUCAUGGCAAGAGCACAAGACCAAUGUUUUUGUUAGAAACCUGAUAGGAGAAGAUAGACCCACCUUGCCCUCAAAAAUUAACAAAAACAAGCUUCAGUACUUUGGUCACAUAUCCAGAAGAGAGGGGGACAACCUUGAGAAGAUCAUUGUGCAAGGAUGUGUAGCAGGUAGUCGCCGACGUGGCCGUCAAAAACUUCGUUGGACAGAGGGAAUCAAAGAACUCACGGGCUUAUCAAUAAACGUUGCUUAUCGAUCUGCACUGGAUAGACAGAAGUGGAACUACAUCAUAAACAGGGUCACAAAGGGUCAGCCAUGACUCAUAGGACGACGACGUCUUGUUCUGACCAGACUUUUCAGAGCACCAAUCAUGGCUGAGAUUGGCCUAUAAAACACAACAAGUUAACAAAACCAAACCAUUCAAAUUUAUUGUUUAUUCUACAAAAAGAAAGUUAUUGUUCACUGAUUAAUUGCGACUACAGCUUUAAGCGAGAAAAUCAUUAAAUAAAAACUUUUACAUGCGUUUAUUUUCCAAAAAACAGACCACAGGCAGGUUUCACUACCGGCUAAGAUUAAUCUUAACUGUGUACUAAUCUUAAUUGCUAAGCAAAGUAUGAUGUCACUGUACAAAUCAAUAUGGUGAUAAUCUUAACGCUUUUUGAAAUCCAGCCCAGCUUAUUGGUUGACAAGACACCCCUAGUGGUGUAAAUCGUCCAAUCAUCAAAUCUAAAUUAUUCAAAUGAGGGCAUUAGGCCUAUAUUUUUUACAAUCGCAGGCCUGAUACUUCACGGAGGCAACGAAGGCAAUUGCCUCCGUUGCCCCU